AUGCCGGAGAUUUACGGCUCCAUAGUAGACGACAAGACACGCUGUGCACACUACCAACUGAGGUUAGAUAUCAUAGCCCUCAGAUUCAGGUGCUGCGACAAGUAUUACCCAUGCUACCAGUGCCACGAGGAAACGAGUGGGCAUGAAAUCCAGAGAUGGCUGCGCAGCGAAUUGGAUGCCGGAAAGCCGGUGGUGUGCUGUGGUGAGUGCAAGGCAGAACUAACAUUUAGUCAAUACAGUGGGGGCGGUGCCAGGUGCGUGGGAUGCGGGGCACGGUUCAACCCGAAAUGUGCGCUCCACUAUGAUAUAUACUUUGACCUCAGCUGA